CUUCAUUAAUUGAUAAAAAAACCAAUGUAACAGGAUUUGAUAAACCAAAAAUCAAAUCUCACAAAGUCUCAACUGAUAUCAAUGCUUCAGUCGGAAUUUCAGGAACUUUGAAACCUCAACUAGCACUCGAUCUAAGCAUAUUGACUGGUCUAGUACAAAUUAAAACGGGAAUUCAGGUUGAAGGUACUUUAGGUAUCACCGCAUCUAUUGGUAAUGGAAACGGUUGUAAAAAAAACAAUCCAUUAAAUUUGAAGAGUACAUUAGAUGGAGAUGUGGGAUUUUUUGUUCAGAGUUUUGAAAAACCUGUUUUUAAGUUUCCUUCUCUGGAAUUGG